AUGCAGGCUCCAGGAGCAGUAGGAGGUUCCCAUGCAGCGCCAGGGGGGUCUUUCCAACCACCGCCUGGCGCCGUCGCCGCACCCGCAGGCCCUGGAAUCGCCGCCCCGCCUGGAACCGCUCCCCCAGGCGCGGGGGUUCCGGGCGCAAGCGGAGCACCCGGCGCGGGGGGGGUGCCGGGCGCAGGGGGAGUAGCCGGGGGGAUGGCGGGCGCGUCCCCUGUGAUGCAACCGAUGCCCGGGGGAAUGCAGCACAUGCAGCCGUAUAUGAUUCCGCCUAUGGGGCCGGAUAUGCAUGGCAUGUAUUACCCCGGGAAUGGAUAUGUCCCGCACUACUACUACGAUUACUCCAUGCCAGGCUACGCGGAUCCUCCGCGCAUGCCCCCGGAGCAGUGGGAGGAGUACAUGCGCAUGGCUACGCGAAUGGACGGGGGAGCGGGCAUGAUGGACGGGCAACACCCGCCGCCAGGAUUCGGGUUUCACGUUCCACACUACCCGCACCCUCACAUGCCACCCGGCUUCAUGCCUCCCCAUGCGCCUGGCCAACCACCCCAACCGCACAUGAUGCACCCACAUCCACCUGGCCAGCCGCAACCCCCGCCGCCGCCGCUAACGGCGCAGCAGCAGUCACAACAGGGGCAGCAGCAGCAAGGGCAGGGGCAGGCGCAGCAGCAGGGGCAGGAGCAGGGGCAGGGGCAGGGGCAGGGGCAGGGGCAGCAGCCGACGCAAGGCGCGCAGCAGCAGCAACAGCAACAGCAGGAUCAGAAGCAGGCACAAAGCAGCAACCAGCAGACAGGGCAGCAACCGUCAGGCCAGCAGCAGCAACAGCAGCAGCAGCAGCAGCAGCAGCAGCAAGUGCAACAGCAACCCCAGCAACCUCAGCAGCAGCAGCAGCAGCAGCAGGGCAUGGCACUUCAUCAUCCCCCUCCCGGCUUCAUGCCUUUCAUGCCCCCGGGCGCGCACCCGUCCAUGAUGGGCGCGCACAUGUUCGGCGCCCCUCCCCCCGGGUACCCCUUUCAAGGGCCUCCUAUGUUCCAGCCGCCCCUACUCCGCCCCCCCUCGCCCGGAGACCCAGCCCAGCCUGGCGAUUCCUCCCAGCCAGGCGCAGCAUCCGCGCACAUCCGCCCAGGUCACAUGCCCCCAGUGAUCGGCGCCCCUCCCCACAUGCCCCACAUGCCCAUGCACGCCUACCCCCGCCCCUCCCCCAUGUCCUCCGCCUCCCCCCCCAUAAACCCGCUCCCCAUGGGCCGUGGGGGGUACAAUCUCCUCCCCCGCGGGGGGCAGCAGCCUAUGGGCGGGCGCGGGGGAGGCGGGCGCGGGGGGGACGGUGGGGGAGGAGGGGGAAGGGGAGGCGGGCGCGGAUGGGGGGGGAACAGGCGGGGGCAAGGCCCUGGGGGUGGGGGCCAGGGAGGCGGAGGGGGAAGCGGGGGAGGGGGGAGCGGAAGUGGGGCGGGCGCAAGUGCAGCUGCAGGCGGAGGAGGAGCAGGAGCGGGGGCAGGGGCAGGGGGAGCAGCGGGGGGAGGCGGGGGGAACACUGGGGGGGCGGGUUCCCCUGCUAACAGAGGAGCUGGUCUUCUAGGCAGCAUGGGGGGACAGGGGCAGCACCAGCAGCAGAUAGGUCAACAGGGGCAGCAGGGGCAGCAGGGGCAAGCAAACGGGGUCUAUGACGGGUCUAGCGAGCAGAACAGAGGGCCUAGAACGGGCAGAAGUAGGGGCCAAGGCGUAUCCACUCCCUCCGCCCCUGGCGCCCCCAGUGCGCCUAUGCCUAUAGGGGCAGCGGCUGGUGCCAUAGGGGAGCCUAUAGGCGCUGCUGCUGCUGCAGCUGUAGCAGCAGGGGUGGGGGCAGGGGCAGCCGGGGGAGUAGGGGGAGUGGUGGGGGCAGGGGGGGCAGGAGCAGGAGCAGGAGCAGCGGUAGCAGGGGGGGCACGGGGCGGAAUAACCUUGCGUCCGGACGAGUAUAACCGGGCAGACUUCAAAACGUCGUACGAGGCGGCGAGGUUCUUUGUGAUAAAGAGCUACAGCGAGGACGAUGUGCACAAGAGCAUCAAGUACGGCGUGUGGGCGUCCACCCCCACGGGCAACAAGCGCCUCGAUGCCGCCUUCAAGGACGCCGCAGGGAAGAGCAGCGCCACCCCCUGCCCCCUCUUCCUCUUUUUCUCUGUGAACGCGAGUGGGCAGUUCUGUGGGGUAGCGGAAAUGCUGACCCCAGUGGACUUCACUCGCAGUGUGGACUACUGGCAGCAGGACAAGUGGAACGGGCACUUUCAGGUCAAGUGGCAUGUGAUUAAGGACGUGCCCAACUCGCAGUUCCGGCAUAUCAUCAUCGCGUCUAACGAUGGGAAACCGGUUACCAACAGCCGAGAUACCCAGGAGGUGCCGCUACAGCAGGGGCAGGAGAUGCUGCGGCUGUUCAAGGGCUACUCGUCGCGCACGUCCAUUCUGGACGACUUCAAUUUCUACGACUCACGCCAGCGCGCCAUGCAGGAGAGGAAGACCCGCCACCCUUCCCACCCUUUCCCGCACCAGCAGCACUCGCAGCACCUGCAACACCAGCAGCAGCAGCAUCAGCAGCAACAGCAGCAGCAUCAGCAGCAGCAGAUGCAGCACCAGCAUCCCAAUCAGCAGCAGCAGAUGCAGCACCAGCAUAUGCAGCAGCAGCAGCAGCAGCAUCAGCAGCACCAGCAGCAGCUGCAGCAGCAGAGGCGAAUUGUAGUGGGGCGGAACCCGGGACCAGUGCUUCUGCCCCAG